GAUCGCCAUCCGGCCCCGGCUCCAGUGCGCGAUCCCGGCCGGCUGCGCGGCCCGGCGGGCCCCGCGGCGCCGCAGCCCAUGGAGCUCGAGAACAUCGUAGCAAACACGGUGCUACUCAAGGCCCGGGAAGGUGGUGGCGGGAAUCGCAAAGGCAAAAGCAAGAAAUGGCGGCAGAUGCUGCAGUUCCCCCACAUCAGCCAGUGUGAAGAGCUGCGGCUCAGCCUCGAGCGUGACUACCAUAGCCUGUGUGAGCGGCAGCCCAUAGGGCGCCUGCUGUUCCGUGAGUUCUGUGAGACACGCCCAGAGCUGACACGCUGCAUCGCCUUUCUGGAUGGGGUGGCCGAGUAUGAAGUGACCCCUGAUGAGAAACGGAAAGCAUGUGGGCGGCGGCUAAUGCAGAAUUUCCUGAGCCACACAGGUCCUGACCUCAUCCCUGAGGUUCCCCGGCAGCUAGUGACAAAUUGUGCCCAGCAGCUGGAGCAGGGGCCCUGCAAAGACCUCUUCCAGGAACUCACCCGGCUGACCCACGAGUACCUGAGCAUGGCCCCUUUUGCAGACUACCUCGACAGCAUCUACUUCAACCGUUUCCUGCAGUGGAAAUGGCUGGAAAGACAGCCCGUGACCAAAAACACCUUCAGGCAGUACCGAGUACUGGGCAAAGGCGGCUUUGGGGAGGUGUGCGCCUGCCAGGUGCGGGCAACAGGCAAGAUGUAUGCCUGCAAGAAGCUGGAGAAGAAGCGGAUCAAGAAGCGGAAAGGCGAGGCCAUGGCACUCAACGAGAAGCAGAUCCUGGAGAAAGUGAACAGUAGGCUUGGGUUCCCCUGGCCACAGGUGAGCCUGGCCUAUGCCUACGAGACCAAGGAUGCCCUCUGCCUGGUGCUGACGCUGAUGAAUGGGGGCGACCUCAAGUUCCACAUCUAUCACAUGGGCCAGGCAGGCUUCCCUGAGGCACGGGCUGUCUUCUAUGCCGCUGAGAUCUGCUGUGGCCUAGAGGACCUGCACCGGGAGCGCAUCGUGUACAGGGACCUGAAGCCCGAAAACAUCCUGCUGGAUGACCACGGUCACAUUCGCAUCUCCGACCUGGGGCUGGCUGUGCACGUGCCCGAGGGCCAGACCAUCAAAGGCCGCGUGGGCACCGUGGGCUACAUGGCUCCGGAGGUGGUGAAGAACGAACGGUACACGUUUAGCCCAGACUGGUGGGCGCUUGGCUGCCUCCUGUACGAGAUGAUCGCGGGCCAGUCGCCCUUUCAGCAAAGGAAGAAGAAGAUCAAGCGGGAGGAAGUGGAGCGGCUCGUGAAGGAGGUACCCGAGGAGUACUCCGACCGCUUUUCCUUGCAGGCCCGCUCACUCUGCUCCCAGCUUCUCUGCAAAGACCCUGCUGAGCGCCUGGGGUGUCGCGGGGGCAGUGCCCGAGAAGUGAAGGAGCACCCCCUCUUCAAGAAGCUGAACUUCAAGCGGCUGGGAGCUGGCAUGCUGGAGCCACCCUUUAAGCCUGAUCCCCAGGCCAUUUACUGCAAGGAUGUUCUGGACAUUGAACAGUUCUCCACGGUUAAAGGUGUGGAGCUGGAGCCCACCGACCAAGACUUCUACCAGAAGUUUGCCACAGGCAGCGUGCCCAUCCCCUGGCAGAACGAGAUGGUGGAGACUGAGUGCUUCCAGGAACUGAAUGUCUUCGGGCUGGAUGGUGCGGUCCCCCCAGACCUGGACUGGAAGGGCCAGCCACCUGCACCUCCUAAGAAGGGCCUGCUGCAGAGACUCUUCAGCCGCCAGGAUUGCUGCGGGAACUGCAGUGACAGUGAGGAAGAGCUCCCCACCCGUCUCGAGUUCCCCACCCACCUUGAGCUCCCCACCCGCCUCUAGCCCUGAGCCUGAGGCCCCCAUCGGCACUUGGCGGUAGCAGCUACUUUGAGCGCUGUUUACAGUUUUGCACAGUGGUCUUCCCCAUAGUCCACCUGAGUUGUGGCUGGGGGAACACAGCCUGAGUUGUCCCCAGUGCCCUCUGCCCCUCAGCCCCUGGCCUGGCUGAGUCUGGCAAGGCCUGGGCUGUCCCUGGGACAAGGUGCGUCCCGUCAGCUCUUCUCUGUGGAGCUCGGGGCUUUCUGUAUUUAUGUAUGUGUAUGAAUGUAUAUAGCAACCAGAGCGUUAAUACCCAACCCAGGCCUGGCACCCCAGCCUCAGCUCCCUGGGGCAGCGAGUCCUGGCCUGGGAGAGUCGGGGGCUGGCAGAGGAGCUGCUGCCAAACUCAAGGCCCCUCAGGCCCAGUUCUGGCCAGGCCAGGCCACCAUGCUCCAGCACUGUGCUCGUCACUGCAGACCUCAGAGUGAGAACCGUGCCUGUCCCUGCUGCUCUGGGCGCAGCCAUCCCAUUUCGGGGCCCACUGCUGUCCCUUCUCAACGCUUGUCAGAGUUAGAUGGGGGCCUCUGCUCCACUAGGCCUGUGCCAAAGUGUGACCAGAGAUUGGGCUGACCCUGGGACACACAGUCCACUGCCCAGGCUGUCCCACAUGGGUCUGCCUCUGCCUUCCGGCUCCCAGGGUGCCUCCCUUACGCUGGGCCCUGCCCUGAAGACACUUCUUUCAGAAAUGCCCCAGCCUAGGCCAUGGGGGGGUGCCCCUGGCCAACCCUCGAACAUUCCACCUCCCCUCCUAACGAUAGACACAUGCCCAGCAAUACUCCACCCUUCCUGUAUGUGCCUGUGGGGUGUGUGCAUGUGUGCGUAUGUGUGUGUGUGUGUAUGCACAUGAGAAGGGGGUAGGGUGAGACUGUCUGCCUGCUCCCCAGGCCCUUCACAGACUGUGAUGGCCAUCCUAGUCCCAGUGCUAGGGCCACAUGGGAUUACAGGGCCCUGGUUUUUCCAUAUUUAAAGCCAAUUUUUAUUACUCAUUUUGUCCAGUGUAAGCUGCCAUGUGUCUCCAUGUAAAUACAGUCCGAGCACAAACCUGGCCCACGGCCCCUGCUUGCCUCUUUCUUGCUUGGGUGCUCCGGUGAUCUACCUGCUUCCUUGGUCCUGUGGGAAAGUGGAGAGGGAUUGGAGAUGGGCCUGGCAGGGCUGUCCUUCCAGCAAGGCCCAGGAUCCCCAGACCUAAUCUUAGGGUGACCUUUCCAGCAGCCAGGCCUCUGUGAGUCUUCAGGCUCAGGGCUUCUCAGCUUCCUCAAUAGGACAAGACCUGUGGGAAGAAGCCUCAGGUACCAAUUGGGAUGUGGGUCUGUCUGCUGGGCUAGCAAGGCAGGCCCAGCUGGCAGCUUCCCCACCAAGGCUGAGGUAGCCUCGCAGCCAUUGUGGACUUGGAGUGGCCUGGGGUUGUGUGGCAACCAGGUCCGUCUUACUUGGGUGUCUCCUGUGUGCCUGACUCUGGGUCAGCACACAUGCAUUAGACUUGUCCUUCUGUUUUGCCCUUGAAGCAUGAGAUGUGGGUGGGCAAAGACGUAGACAGUGGUGGCACUGGGAAGAAGGCUGUGGCAGGGGUGCGUGGGGACAAGCCACCUGGGCAUCAGCGAGGCUUCUCUGAAGAUAAAAGUUGAGCCAGGCCUUGAAGGAGACAUACUUGCCAGGGGACUAGAGGGGGUUUGGAGAGAGCAUUCCAGGCAGUUUGACCAUCUUCCAAAGACUCAGAGGUCAGAGCUUGUCCACCACAAGUCUGUCCCCAGCCUUGCAGAACCUUCCCUGCUCCGUAGCCUCCCAGUGUCCCCAGUCCCCCAGGAAUGCCCUGUUCCUUGCCCUUGGGCUGAGCAUGCCACCUCACUUUGCAGUUGGAUAGUUCUGGCUUCAAGGGCCCAUUUUCAAGUUGUGUGGCUUUGCAUGAGGCCCUUCCCUUGUCUGGAAAAGGGUAUAAUAACCACGGCCUUGCUGGGUGGCUGUGAGAAUUUACUGAAGCUGGUGGGCACCAAGCCGACCACUACCUCAGGAGCAGCCAGAAGGCUCCAAGCCCCAACUUAACAGAAGGAACCUCUGCCCGCCCAGCCCUUGGUGCGCGGAGUAGCUGCUGUGCUUCGAUCAACUUGAAGGAAAUGGUGGGAAGAGGGGGACUUUCCCAAGGUCUUCCAGCUAGUGAUUGAGCCAUGCAGGGUAGAGAAGCUCGAUCCUGUCCAUAGGUGUGAUGUCAGGGCCAGAGGUGCAUUUGUUCCUCUGCCCCAGGUUCCAGUGGGGGGCUGUGUGUAGGUACUAGUGUGCAGAGGCCAGCGCCCAGCCCUGUGACUGUGAGUGAGUUCCAGGUGGAUAUCUGACUUCCUGAGGCAUUCUGCCUUCUGGUGAGUCCCAGACCUUCUUGCCAAUCUCCCCUUUGGGCUAGAGAUGCCUGCAGGGAACUUAGCUAGGGUAAAGCUCACCUUAAAGCUCAGCAUAGUGGCUCCUUGGCAUAAGAAACUCCCACAAUUCAACUCCCAGUGAGCCUUGCCUAAGCUUAUCUCCUCCCCACCCAGCUCUGUGCUGGAAGCUGGGGACCCAGAUGGAGAUGAGGCUCCUGCCAGCUUGGAGCUCAGUCUCGUAGGGAGGCAGACGUGGAAACAGUGGGACCCAGUGUGAUCAGUACCGUGGCAGAGAUGAUGCUAGGGCUGGCAGACCUGGACUCCCAUGGGGGUGCAGGUGGGGGUGGGGCAAAAUGCCAAGAAGGGAGGUCCCUUGGCCAUGAGGGUGUCAGGGUUAUUAGUGCCCUCCAAGACACAGGAGUAACUUGUGUCUAGAAAGAGGAACGAGACAAAUGGUUGAAGGCCUCUAAUGGUUUAGGUGGCUGAAUGCAGGGUAGAGAAGGGAGGGGCUGGAGCUAGGGACAGUGAGGCCCAGCCACUCAGUUUUGGAAGCUGUAUUAAGGACAUGGGGCCUCAUCUGGGAAGUGGGGAGUCCUUGAAGAGUUUUAACUGGUUGUGUCAGGGUGUCUGCCCAGUUUCUACAAAAGCAUUCCAAGUUUCCUUUGGGGAAUCUCCCCCACUCCCAGUUCAUGUUUAGAUGGGGCUAGGCCUCUAUCAUAACACCACACACACCUGGAUGGAGUGUGUGACUCAGGUUGGGCCACCAGGAGUCUGUGGUUGCAAGUGACAGAACUGUCCUCCAGGUAACCUAGAAACAGGGUUAGAAGGAUAUGGGCAAAGCUCAGACAGACCCCAUCCUCACCAAAGCAAGAUGCUAUAGUCCUGUGUGUGUCUUUGUACCACUGAGCCCAAGACUCCAAAGAGUCUGAAUGGCCAGGCUGGAAACCUGCCCAUUAUGGAUUUGGGGGGAGAGGCCCACCAAGAUGGCAUCCAUGGGGUGCGGGGACUCCCCUGAGGAAAUCUGGGUGUUAGUGCCAAAGAAAGGGGGAUAUUAGAUGGCUGAACACAUAUCCCCUCCCCCAGACAUAGCCACCUGGAUUGGUUCACUGAUGGACACUCAAAAUGAGUCCAAACGAGUUAUUCGUGUGUUUUUUGUUUUGUUUUUUGCUAGAACUAUUGGGAAAGAAUUGAGAUUCCCUUUCGUCUGGGGAUGGAUGGGAGGAUAUAAAGGCAGGAGCUGUGGGGUCAUCCAGGCCACCACUUGGGGAAAACUUUCCUGAGAAGGAUGUAAACAUAGAAAGAGAGUGGAGAGAAAUAGAUGCAUGCUUGAUGCCGUUGCUUGAGCACCUAGGUCCCACUGGGCCCAAGCUAAGCUCUACACCUGGACUUUCCAGUUAGGUAAGCCAAUCAGUUCCCCUUUGGGCUCAAGCACAUUUGAUUUGGGGUUCUGUCACUUGUAUCUAAAUAUGUCCCAACUCAUAUAGUGGUGAAGGGUGCUUUGGAAGCGCAUCCUAAGUGCAAUAAAAAAAAAAAAAAGAGAGGCUGAA